AUGAUAAUUCGCCCUUCAAUCUCUCAUUAUACUCGCUGCUUCAGCUCCUCCGCUGCUGUAUACAGGAAUGUCUCUAUCAUCGGGCGCGAGCCCAUAAAAUAUCCCCCGUCUGUUACAAUCUUACCGUCGCCAACCCAGGUCACAAUAACGGGGCCAUUAGGAACCACCGCGAUCCCUUUGAAGGAGUACAUGAAGGUCGAAUUCCCUGUCCAAGACACAAUGAAAAUCACUGUAGAGAACUCUGCUGAGAAACUUCAGAGGCAAAUGUGGGGUACAACGCGUACUCUUAUUUCAAAUGCUAUCAUUGGAAUGACGGAGGGCUUCACCGUGCCUAUCUAUCUGGUCGGAGUCGGUUACAGAGUAGCGUUGGAAGAGGACCCAAGAGGAACCACCGACGGUGGAAACGGAAGACGUUUAAACAUGAAGCUGGGUUAUUCUCACUCAGUGUUGGUCCCCAUUCCCGCCCACAUUAAAGCAGAAGUGCCGUCAGCUACUAAGAUAGUCUUGUCCUGCACCGACAAACACCUGCUAGGGUUGUUCGCCGCCAAAAUACGCGGUUAUAGAAAACCUGAGCCAUACAAGGGCAAAGGUGUUUUCGUUGGCAAUGAAACGAUACGGAUUAAAAGCGUUAAGAAAAAGUAG